GCGUCCAGUAUAAAGCCCGCGAGGGCGCGUUCGCAGUCUCCCCCGCCUGUCCCGGACGACGACGGCUCGCUCGCCGGCGGUUGCACCAUGUCGUCCACCUCGACUAUGGUCCUGGGUUACUGGGACAUCCGGGGGCUGGCCCACGCCAUCCGCAUGCUCCUGGAGUUCACGGAUACAUCCUAUGAGGAGAAACGAUACACAUGCGGGGAAGCUCCUGACUUCGAUAGAAGCCAGUGGUUGGACGUGAAAUUCAAGCUAGAUCUGGAUUUUCCUAAUCUGCCCUACCUGAUGGAUGGGAAGAACAAGCUCACCCAGAGCAACGCCAUCUUGCGCUACAUCGCUCGCAAGCACGAUAUGUGUGGUGAAACCGAAGAAGAAAAGAUACGGGUAGACAUCAUGGAGAACCAAAUAAUGGAUUUCCGCAUGCAGCUGGCACGGAUUUGCUACAACUCUGAACACGAAAGCUUGAAGCCUCAGUACUUGGAACAGCUUCCUGGACAACUGAAGCAGUUCUCCUUGUUCCUGGGGAAAUACUCAUGGUUUGCAGGAGAAAAGCUCACCUUUGUGGACUUUCUCACUUAUGAUGUCUUAGACCAGAACCGUAUGUUUGAGCCCAAGUGCCUGGAUGAGUUCCCAAAUCUGAAGGAUUUCAUGUGCCGCUUCGAGGCUUUGGAGAAAAUAGCUUCAUACAUGCAGUCUGACCGCUUCUUCAAGAUGCCCAUCAAUAACAAGAUGGCCAAGUGGGGCAACAAGUGUAUAUGCUAAGCAAGAGACACGGACACUGCUUGCUUUCUUCCACUCUGUCCCCAGGGGCCUGAACUCUUACCUUCUCUGGUCUUUUUAAUAAACAACACGAUGUUAA